AUGAACGGCCUAGUUGGAUACGGAAGUAGUGAUGAAAGUGACUCUGAACCAGAAACUGCACCAAAACCUAAAGAAACCCCAGUAAAGUUAACUAACGGUACUAACUCACAGGAUACCCCAAAACAAACCACCAACCAUCAGACACACCAAGCUCCGAGCACCUCCUUCCCAACCGUACCACAAGACAUAGACAAGAAGUUAGACAUAUCAGAUGACGAGGAUACUUACAUACCCCGCUCUAAAUCAUCCGCCAAACCUGCACCCUCUCUCCCUCCAAUAACAUCACACCUCCCCAAACCAGCUCCGAAACUCCAGAACCUGUCAGAAGUUAUAGAUAAAGCUCAGAUAGUGACGGUGGAAAGAGAUAACCUCAUAAGUAAGGAGGGGGUUAUUGCUAGUUUUCUUCCCAAACCUAAAGACAAUGAUGUCCAUGAGAUGGAGUUGGAGCGCUUCCACAAGAGCAAGCGCAGGAAGAAAGAUAAGAAGAAGAAGAUAUUUGUUCUUGAUUUGGAAGACUUUUCUGAUGAAGAGGAAGUUAAACCAAAACCUCGACGUCCCGUAUCAUCUAAAUCUGCAUCAGGACUCUUCUCGAUUCUACCUGAGCCUAAAAACUGCAAAAUAAACACUAAAUCUACCAAGUCAGUUGUCACUAACAAGGCUAAGUUUACUUUCAAACCAAGGACCCUGCAACCAGUUAAAAAGAAAGUUACUGAAGAUGCAGAAGUGGACGUUAACGAUGAUAAUGACCAAAAUGGAACCGAUUUCUUCUCUUUCACCAACUACACGAAAUCGACCAAAGAUAUCGAGAAAGCAGCAAAGGCUGUGAAAUUGGAUCAAUUUAAGCCUAAACAAGUAUCAGCUACUCCAGAAACUAUGACUGUCCAGGGAGAACUGAGGAGUAUUGAUGCGAUAAUUGCUCCUCAAGAUGACACCUUCACAGAACCCGUCCUACCAGUCCCUGCUGAGGACAUGAGCGAAGUCCCCUCAGAGUUCAGAGACUUUGUGUAUAACGCUGCGGAGGUUAUGGACGUUAACCAGGAGAUACAGUCUACAGACGAGUGGGCUCUCAAGAACCUCGAUUAUAGCGACGAUCAGCCUCAGUCCAGCGGAAAGUGUCCACUGAAAGGACAGACAAGAAAGAAGAACCAGAUCCAGUACUUAGCAUGGCAAGCUAAGGAGAGAGAGUCAGACCUGAAGAGACAGUGGGGAGACAACAGGAUGAACAGACAUGCUACUCAGAGCAAAUAUGGGUUUAGGUGAAGUUGUUUUGUGUGAAACAGAGUAAAAAUACGGUUCUCGAAUUUUAGGCGUGAAGUGGCCAGAAAUGUUGAACAAGCUUCUGAGAGAAAAUACGGGUUUACGUGUGGUGAGAACAAAUAAACGCGUUUCUCUGAGUAAACACCGAGUUAAGUGUGAGAGUGUAAGAUAUCGGACUAUAUGAGGUUUUAUUACAUUGUCUACAUUUUCUUCAAAUAUAUUACUUUAAAUGUUAUGUCUUUUUGUAUAAUAUAAUUUAAAUUAAUCACUCAUUUAAUAAAUU